AUGAACAGGCCCAAUCAAUUAGGGGCGGUCAGCGCUCCGACGGAAAGAGGCUACGACUAUGGCAGCGCGCGCGCUCUCAGUGGAAACUUGAGAAAAUGGCGGUGGGCGCAGGGCGAAUUGGGUAGUGGGGAGGCGAUGCGGCCAAGAAUCCUUAAAAAUGUAGUAAACAGAGGCAACGGGGAGUUUCCCAGAUUUUCCGGGCACCUGGUCACCCUAGCUGGGAGGGUGCGUAGGGCGCGCGCGUGCAUCGAUCGUCGGCCGUUCAGUACCGUUCAGUACGCCGGGGCCGCCGGCACGAGCGCGCGUGUGAUGCGCUGCCGCUGA